AUGGGAGACACAAUAACCCAGAACGUGACAUGUUUAGGUCAGUAUCUUAACCUGUUUGAGUAUGACAAGCAAAGCUUGUUACUUACGGGGAAAAAUAAUCGAAAAUUGAUAUAUUUAAGAAGGUUUUAAAUUAAAAAAUGUAUUAUAAUCGUUACACUUCAUUAGCUAAACUUGAGCAAUUUUGACCUCAUCUACAAUUCAAAGAAAGAAUAAGUGGGCGAUCUCGUUAGAUUCAGUUUGCAAGGAACUAAUGGUGAAAUGAUUCUUUAGUUACUACUUUUUCUCAGUUUCGACGUCAUUCAUAUCUGAGGAGACAGUUUUGCGGUGUAAAUUAUUCUUGUAAAUAUUCAUAAGGUGGCUUGAAGACCUCCUGUCACGGACGUCUGGUCAAAGCUGUAGUUGGUUGAAAACAACGACCAUGUCACGCAAGGAAAUAGAGAAGAAGAUCGGGAACGAGAGAUAG